AUGUUCCGCCCCAGCUUCAUCGUUCUGGCUAUCGUCGUGACCCUGGCCUCGAACAUCCUCGCCACAGGAGACCGCCCUAAGCUCCUCUCCGGGCUCGUAUUCGACUGUGCGAUGAACGCCACCGGAAGCGCGCCUGCACGUGCCAUCGUAGGUCAUAUCAACUUUUUACAAAUCCCAUGCGACUUUCAUGGUGAAGCGUCUUUUAUGAUCAGAGACAGAGCUUGCGAGGGCAGAAGCUGAGAGGGUAAAUUCUUUGCAACGUGUAGUGCCCAACGGCGACGGCAUGGGAGUGCAUUUGUGCGCCUGAUGAUGUGUCGACUGAAUACGCCCAAGCCAUCAUGGCUUAUACUAGUGAGUCCCGGAACACAAUCACUUGAGCCUUAGCAGAGUGUUCACGGUCGCGUGAUACCUCGCCAGGGGCCAACCACAUGUGCCACAAAUACGCGAAGAAGAUUGCAAAAUUUGGAUGUGCGCAGUGCGAGUAUCAGAUCAAGGAGGAACCGACUAGUGAGCCAUGCUUCCUAUCAGAGGUCACGCUUUCGAAUCAACUUAAGUAGGGCCGUGUUUUGACUUGCCGCACACCUAGCCUGCUGGAAGAAACUGAAGGACGCCGCGGUUCUUCAGGGGCUGCCGUGGUAGCCGCCUCGUCAAGUCCGCUAUGCUGAACAACUUCCUCUCUCGAGGAAAUUGGCCUGCUGCUGGUCCCAACUUCUCAUUAAUUGACCUGAAGCUGGUCACACCCUCCUCAGUUCGAGCUCCUUGUUCGAUAUUGCUUUGUCGUACAUGCUCCAAGUUCAACCCCAAGUUCAGUCGGGUCGGCUUUCCCCGUUCCAUCCUCAGCUUCGUCUUAUUCUCGUCUCCUUUUUAGUCUGCUAAUCCAGGGCAGCUUUCCUUUCCCUUUAAAGCUUGGGUAGCCCCCCAUUUUUUGUUUGUGGGAAACUACAUCAUCUGUACAGAGGGCAAGCGGAUCGCAGAGAGCUCGGCAAAGCAUAGUGUUCAGACCGCGAGCGGUCAGGUAGUACAUUGCGACACGUAUGGUACGGUACGCUUCAAGUUGAAGAGCGUGGCACCGCUCUCCCUGUCGAAAGUCUUCCAUCUCCAGGGCGCUCCGGUGAACCUCGGGCUCAACUCGUGCUCUAUUCCAAUCAAGAGCGAGUUACGGACGAGAAGACGGCAAGGAUGUCAUGACGAUCACGAUCAAAGGGCUUACCGUAGCGAAGACGCUAAGCCGUACAGGUUACACGCUCGACUUUACGCGCAUCGUCGAGGAUCAAGCUCGUGUCGCAACUCGUGCGACAGUGCGCGCGCCUUUGAUGGACUGGCAUCAUGGCUACGGGCAUGUGCCCGUGAGCUCAAUCAUGGAGCUCGUCAAGUCAAGCGUAUAA